CAACGACCACCUCACAUUGGCGCGAGACAUCGCCGGGCUUGCUCCCUGGGCGAUUUUUAAACUCAGCAGGUUUACACCCUGGUUGAUAAUAUACUUUUGUGAGGAUAAUGACUGAUCUUGAAGUCCGCGAUUUCGAGGUGCCCGGGCAAAGCUACACUUUACCCAGUACUGGCAAAAAAGUUAAGAAACCAAAGAAGGACCACAAGCGGAAGGACAAAGGUGGCGUAGCCAUGAAAAAAGAAGGUAGAAUCCAAAAGAAAAAGGAAAAGAAAAAAUUAAGAGAAGCAAUGAAAGGAAUGAAGGACAAAAAAAAGAAAAAGAAAAAGGAUAGGGCAAUGAAAUUAGCAGUUGAAGUAGAUUUCAUUUCAACACAAGCCAACAGUGCAUUACAACAAAGUCAGCCGUUGCCAAAAACGGAUGAAACAUUGGUGAAGAAAUUGGAAAGCUCCCGUCCACAUUGCUGUGAUCUACCAUCUCAAGACGGGUCUCCCAGUAUCCUUACACAUCGGAAGGUCACCAAAAAGAAGAAGAAAGUAGCAUUUGAAUUGGGGUAUGGUUCCUUUGUUGCUCCAUCCACUCAAUCGCCUGAAGUUAACGUCAGCUCCUCCAUGCAGAGUGAAGGGUCCAUGGGUUCUGACAUUUUGGUGGAAGGUGCAUUCAAUAAACAUUUUAAGACUGAGCCACAAAACAACGAUGAUUCUCAGUGCACAAGUGAUGAUAUAAACAGCCAGGAUCUUUUCAUAACCCAGAAGAGGUUCAGAGCACCAUCCCUCGACCAGUCCAGUGAGGAAAUCACAGAAGAAAGUAUUGGUAGAAUGCGUCAUGUCCAUCAAUAUGGAGAGAUGCGAGAGAAGGUUGGAGCUAAAGUACCCAAAAAACAACGGGGACACCACAGGCUGGCACUUGAAGAACCCUCCGAGCGUACAGAGAAAGCCUCAACAAGUUUCCAGAAAUUGGAGAUGAUGUUACUAGAGGAGGACAUGAGUCUCAAACCAAUAUCAAGCAGGUGUAUUGCAUUACAUUCACAACCCAAACAGGAUGCUAAAACAAUACAGCCGGCACCCCUUACACCCAAAAGGACGUCAUAUAUAGUGAACCCGAAACCAUUGAGCUUGUCUAUUGAAGUGAUGAAGUCGCCAGAAGUCCUUGUUUCCGAACCAGCCAUUCUUGAGCCACUCCCAACUUGCAAGGUUUCUACCUCGGACACUUCCACACAGACUGAGAACUUCUUCUCCACCGAGCUCUGCAGUUACCUUAAGUUUUAUCAACAAAGUAGAUUGGAUAACAACCGAUUGGACUUAAUAGCACUAGACCUAAGCCUACCUCUGAAAAUGAGAACAGACCCUGGAAAGUCCUUGUUGGAUUCGGUGAAGACGUCAGCUCUCAAUGUUAAAAGUGUAGUUGGGGCGACAGGUACAAAGACAUCACCCCCUAUUCGUUCAGCGUUUAGACCUGGGAAGCAUAAGGACUUCAGUGUGCCUCCACCAAGCUCCACUCAAGUAAAAGUGAGUAAGGAAACCCUUGCCAGUCAGGCCCCUUGUACUGCUCAAGGUAAAGUUGAAACAACUCCAAGCCCCCAGUCGGAGGCAGAGCCAAAGUCUUCAGACACAACAGUGUCCAGUGAGGAAAGCAUCCGCAGUGGCAGAGCUGACCUAGUCCAGGUGAAGGCAGUCCAGAUGAGACUCAACGAGUCAUUUUUCUUCAGGACAAAAGGAGAGGGACUUUCCCCCAGACCAGAGUCACCACUGAUGAAACUCAUACAAGGCAGGGAGAAGAAAAGCAGAAAGAAGCGCUAAAGCUUUGUUACAUAUGAAUGAUUUUAAUAUAUUAACAGCUACAACUUGACUGAUGCAAACAGUAUAAAGUAGCAUGGCUGAGCAUUUUUUUCAGCCAUAAGGUUUUUGCAUAUAUUUAUUCAGCAGUAACUGUUAGCAUGAACAUGAGGAACACAGUUUUGCAAUAGUUGUUCAUUUUAAAGUCUUUCUCAUGUGUUUAAAUCUAUAAAGUUGUUAAACUCAAUUUGUUUAUUGCAAAUAGAUUCCCAUUCUUGCAACAUUAACAAAUUCACAAAUUUUGAGUUGAACUACAAAUAAAGUUAACUACACACAAAGUG